AUGGUCAAUAGUCCGUGGAGGAACCAGAACAGCACCUUUUACCCAAUCUCAGAGCAAGGGGAGACUGUAAUUGGCAUCUACCUGCUGACUCUCGGCUGGUUCUCCUGGUUUGGAAACAGUGUGGCGAUGUUUGUGCUGUACAGGCAGAGGGCAACACUACAAGUGACAGAUUAUUUAACCUUUAACCUGGCUGUGUCAGAUGCCAGUAUUUCUCUUUUCGGAUACUCCCGUGGAAUUAUAGAGAUUUUCAAUGUAUUUCGAGAUGAUGGUUUUCUGAUUACGUCGAUAUGGACUUGUCAGAUUGAUGGUUUCUUCACACUGCUCUUUGGUCUGGUCAGCAUAUAUACACUGACAGUGAUCAGCAUCAUAAGGUAUAUUAAAGGCUGCCACCCAUACAAAGCUCAAUGUAUUGGCAGAGGGAAUAUAAUCGUGUCACUGACACUGAUCUGGACUGCUGCUGUCUUCUGGUCGGCAUCUCCUCUGUUUGGAUGGGGAAGUUACACAGAUCAGAUGUAUGGGACGUGUGAGAUAGACUGGGCAAGGUCAGUGUUCUCCAUUGUCUACAAAUCCUACAUUGUCUCUAUUUUUAUCUGCUGCUUCUUCCUGCCGUUGUCCAUCAUGCUCUUCUCGUACAUCUCGAUCAUCAACACCGUCAAGUCGAACCGCACUCUGGCAGGAGUGGCUGACAUGGGAGAGCGCCAAAGAAAACUUGAGAAGGACGUGACCCUGGUUUCCAUGGUGAUCUGCACUGCGUUCAUUAUUGCCUGGUCACCUUAUGCGGUGAUUUCCAUGUGGUCAGCAAGUGGCUACCAGGUCCCGAAGCUUACCAGUCUGCUUGCCAGCCUGUUUGCCAAGUCCGCCAGCUUCUAUAAUCCUGCCAUCUACUUUGGAAUGAACUCCAAGUUCCGCCGGGAUGUCAUUGUGCUCCUGUUCUGUGCCAAUGACAAGGAUGGUGUGAAACUCAAGCGGAUCAAGCACCGACCAGAGAGGGACCUGGAGUGGCAGGUGGACAUACUGAGGGAUAGUUCCAGCUCAGGGCUGGAGAAUCCGGAUAAUGGUGACCAGGAAAUGUCAUACUUUCCCAACUGUGCAAAUUCUGGCUAUGAAUGCGACAGACUGUAG